CCUGCCUGCCGCUGCGCUGCCAUAGAGCGGAGCGUCCGCUCCCAUCGGCCCACGCGCGGCCCCGCUUCCUUCCUUCCCUGGCCGAGCUGCAGCCAUGGGUGUCGAUAUCCGACACAACAAGGACCGCAAGGUUCGCCGCACGGAGCCCAAGAGCCAGGAUAUCUACCUGCGCCUGCUGGUCAAGCUGUACCGUUUCCUGGCCCGCCGCACCAACUCCCGCUUCAACAAGGUGGUCCUGAAACGCCUCUUCAUGAGCCGCACCAACCGCCCGCCGCUCGCGCUCUCCCGCAUGAUCCGCAAGAUGAAGCUCCCGGGGCGGGAUAACAAGAUGGCCGUGGUGGUGGGAACCGUCACCGACGACAUCCGCAUCCACGACAUCCCCAAGCUGAAGGUCUGUGCCCUGCGGAUGACCAAAGGAGCUCGCAGUCGCAUCCUGAAGGCAGGGGGUCAGAUCAUGACCUUUGACCAGCUGGCCAUGGCAGCCCCCAAGGGCCAGGGCACCGUGCUGCUCUCCGGGCCCAGGAAGGGACGGCAGGUGUACCGGCACUUCGGCAAGGCCCCCGGCACCCCCCACAGUCACACCAAGCCCUACGUGCGCUCCAAGGGGCGGAAGUUCGAGCGGGCCCGGGGCCGCCGCGCCAGCCGGGGCUACAAGAACUAACAGCGCCAGCCUGCACCUGCCUGUGCCCAAUAAACGGGUCAGAACCGGG